AUGCUGCAGAACUGGUUUGAUCCUCACUUGGAGGUGGUCACGUUGGAGCCUCAGAAGCCACUAGAGAUAGGUCAUGCGUUUGGAGAGCGAUUCACUCACUUGUCCUACAAGCAUCUUUUCGAGACAUCCAGCUUCAGCUUCUUCAGCUUCGUCCUGAGGCCCCAGGAGUGCACGGACUUGCAUCAGUUACCUUUUAACGGCCUCAUCUUCUUCUUCUCGUGUCGGAGCAUGAAAUCCUUGGAACACAAGAGCCCGCGUGUCACGCGAGCAGCGAAAUGCGAGAAAGACAGCGGGAAGGAGCAGCUGGCCGACAGGCUCCUUGGCGAUGGCCAUGGAUUGUUUUCUGAACAAGUCACGGACGAGGAGCUGGAGGAUGUCCGCAAGAGAUUGGGAUGGAACGAGCGAGACGACGAAAUAGACGACAUGCACGAGGAGAUCUUGCAGUCCUUGAAGGAAGGGGACGAGGAAAAGACACUCGACCUCAGGAUCAAGCUGACCGAUGCUAUGAUGCAGCAGGAGUUGGCGAUGGAGCAAGAGAGAACGCCUGAAGGACCGCUCGAGCCCUGCGCCAAGUCUCCUUUCUUGCAAGAAGCGGCAGUGCAGAUAGACGGGCAUGACGUGGUAUUCUUUCGAGGCCCCGUUCAACACAACCUCGUUAACAUUGGGAGUGACGUCGUCACUGCCCUCCUCGUGCGGAUCAAAUGA